GGUGCUUGGCAUGCGGAAGACAACUUUCGUUCGACACAGAACAUAGUGGACAUAUUUGUACUUCAUUUGGGUUUCACCCAUAAUUGUCCAGGAACGUUGUUCCUCCUCACUCUCUCGUUCGCUCUGUCGCUCGCGCUGUUGUGGGAGCCCAAGGAGCCGCUCUGCAGGAGCAGAGACAGCUCGUGUAGAGGUUUAUCUCGCCGUCACCGCCUUGCUGGAACCCUCGCUUGGUUGUUGAGGGAGCCCCCUGCCUGCACCAGUUGUAGAACCCCCUCAUUUUCUUCGGAAGCUUUCGGCACCGUACAUAGCGGAACCUAAUUUGCCCUCGGCUGACUUCUUCACGCCACUGGCCUCGAACAAUCGCCUGGUUGUUGAGAGCUCCACCUACUUAUAAAUGCGAAACCCUCUCCGCACUUCGAAAUAUUCACAUAGUCCCUGUAUCUACCUAGUCCGCUAACAGCUAUCGGAUGCGCCGCAGGAGGGUUCUGACUGAUUCAUCGUUCACGCUCUCCCUGUCAUCCUGGAUAGAAUUCCUCAUACCUUCGUUAGAGCGGCGUAAAAUGACCAUCCUUAUUGUUGUUCGUACGACUCCCUAAUUUGAGAACUGGUGGAAUCUCGUCAGUCUGCUAGCCUUCAUUUAAUCGUUAACGUGGAGCUAAUACCGUGAAUAUUAUAGAUUCUCUGGGACCUUACAAGCGUCAACGAGCGCUGUGUGAGGUCGCCGGCCCUUCACGAUAUUUAAGGAGGACAUAUCGUUCGUUUACUGUAGUCAACAGUUUCAGCAAUUUUAUUCAGUGACAAUGGCUCUCGGCAACAGCAAGCACAGCGACGACCAAACUUCUCGCCUGCGUGCGUGCACGUCGGACCUGAAGGCCGCAGAUCAGAUCACUGCGGAGAGGAAUACUUGCGACGCUCUCGGCCUCCUUCACCCGGAUGGCCCUCGCUUCAAGGCCUGGAACGUGCUCAUUCACGCGCUUGUCAUGUGGUCGUCGUUCUGGGUCACUCUGGAGUUCGCCUUCGUUCCGAACCCGUCUCAGGGGAUUCUCUACUUCGAUGGCGCCGUGUGUUUCGUCUUCUUCGCCAACAUCGCCGUCACCUUCAAGGCGGCCUUCCGAUGCCACAAGACCCUUCGCCUCGUCACGUCGAGGAACGCCAUCGCUGCGCGGUACGCCCAAGGGGGUCUGCUUUUCGACCUCGUGUCGUCCAUUCCGUUCAACCUUAUUUAUUUCUGGGUUAAUGGCGUGCCCGCCUCCCGGAGCCGUCGGCUACGUCUUUCGUGGACUUCCUUGCCUGCGCCUUUACCGCAUCAUGCACUUCUACCGUGCUCUCUCUUCGGCUCGGGACGGCGAACCAGACGUUGUAUUUCGGCAUUCGCAUGUUCAAGCUCGUGCUGAACAUCGUGCUGGCGUCGCACCUCUUCGCCGUGGCCUACUUCUUCCUCACUCUCAUGGAGCCCGACCCCGAAAACACCUGGAUCGGCCAGGGGAUCGGCCCGGACUGGCCUGAACAGUCCGGUGUUUCUGCAGUACGUGGCGGCCAUGUGGUGGUCCAUCUUCGUCAUCACCAGCAUCGGACCCGCCUACACUUCUGUCACCACGGCCGAGCAGAUCUUUCAGCUGUUUCUACGCGCUCUUCGGCAUGGCAACUCUCGCGUACACGCUGGGCACACUGACGCUUCUCAUGGUCAAGCAGUCCAGCAAGACCAUGCAAUACCACGAGGACAUGGCGGCCCUUAGAGCCUACAUUGCUCGCAACCAACCUCCCAUCGGACCUGGAGCGCCAGCUGAAGCAGCAGCUGCGCGUGCAGCUGCAGAUGCACAAGUCCGACACCUCCUCCUUCCUCUCCAGCAUCCCCAACCACCUGCGAGUCACUGUCUCCCGCCAGCUCUAUCUGCCGAUUGUCGAAAAUCUCGACGGCUUCCGCCUCUGCUCCAAGCCCUUCCUCAAACAGCUGGUAUCAGAGAUGGACGUGGAGACGGUCAUGCGGAACGACAUUGUGACAUCAGAGGGGGACGUGGCAACUCAUCUCUACAUCGUGCUCUCCGGCAAACUCGUGCGCGAGGACGGCCCCACUGCAGCCCUUCAGAACGGAGGUUCGUCCUUCCUGUCAGCCGGCUCGGUGUUUGGCAAGACAGCGGUGAUGUGCAAUGUGCCGCAGCUGUUCACAGUGCGAGCGCUGGAGCACAGCCAGCUUCUGCGCCUGUCCAAGUCCGCCUUCUCCGCCAUUGCCAAGGCCUACCCCGCCGACUCUGCCGUUCUCUUUUCCGCUCUCAAGCAGAACAUCGACGGCUCGACUUCUCUCACCCGCACGCCCUCAGAGCUCGCAGUCUCGCAGGGCCUGGCCCGCUCACAGCCCUCCUGGAGGGCGUUCGGCGCUACCCCAGAGGAGCCAGCUGAGGGCACGGGGGCUGGGGCGUUGCUGGAGUCUGUUACUGUGGACAAGGGGGAUGCUGAUCAGGUCGCACGGGUGUGUGCGGCUGCUGCCUCUGGCCGUGUGGAUCAGUUGCUCGACCUGCUCUCAGACACACCCUCCCUCGCCCAGUGCCACGACUACAAUGGCCGCACCCCCCUGCAUGUGGCAGCCGCCCAUGGCCAUGUCAACUGCAUCAACGUCAUUCUGCUGCGCAAUGGCGUCGAUGUGAACGCACUUGAUCGCGGGGGCUCCACGCCUCUCCUGGAGGCAGUGAAGAACGGCCACAGCAAGGCAGCGCAGGCACUGCAGGCAGCCGGCGCUGCUCUCCUCCUCAAAGACCCCGCUGCCACCCUCUGCCGCCUCGCUGCUGCUGCUGCUGGAGAAAACACCACCACCACCACGGCCACAACCCCCGCUGCCAGUGCCUGCGCUUCUGGCUCCCCACCCAAAGCCGCCAGCAAGAGCGGUGGCAGCAGUGUGGAGUAUUUGGAGCGGCUGCUGGAAGCAGGAGCAGACGUGAAUGCGCAGGACCAUGCUGGCUGCACUGCACUGCAUGUUGCCUGCGCCAACCGCAGCAUCGCUGUUGCUAAGCUGCUCAUGGCACACGGUGCUGACCCCCACUUGGAGGACAUGAGUGGCAACACUGCUUAUGACCUAGCCAAAGCUGCAGGUUCCCGGGACUUGUUGAAUGAGCUUGAAAGUCAGCCACCCACCCCCACUCAAGCUGCCUUUGGUGGCCGCUGUGUGAGUGUGUGUGCACCAAAGGCAAGCCUUUUUGAGGGGCUGCGGGGCUAGGCGGAGUUCGGUAAACAUUUAGCAAUCCACUUGCCUAUAUUUUACCAGUGUUACAUGAGACACGACUUAGUUUGCCUGAUAACGGUUUGAUCUUUCCACCAUUUUGAAUGCUGGUUGAUUAUUUUCUGCAAAAUGCUGAUUCUGGUUUU